AUGAAGAAAAUCAGUGUGGUGAAUCUUGAUGCACUUUUAGAGGGCUUUUUACAUAUAGAAAAGAAAAUAUCAGGGCUUCAUGGAAAAAAUAAUAUUCUGAAUCUUCAGUUAGAUGAAACAAACAAGUUACUGACAGCAAGCCAAAUGAAGGGAGAGUCAGCUAAAGAAGAAUGUGCUACACUCCAAAAUGUGAUUAAAGGUCUCCAACAAACUAUAGAAAACCAGUAUAAUUUGAGAGAUGAAAGUGAGAAACUGAAGAACAUAGCUCAUAAUUUAGAAGAGAAACUAAAAUCCCAGGAACAGGAACAUAAAAAUAUGGUUGAUAGACUCAUGAGAGAAAUUGAAAAGAAGGAGGAUGAACACAAGCUUGAACAAAGGAAGCUGCACUAUAACAUGAAUAAAAAAUUUGAAGCCAUGGAGAAAGAGCACAAACUACUAAUAGAGAAAAAAGAUAUGGAGAUUUUUGAAUUAACUAAACAACUCGGAGCACAAGAAAAACAAAAACAGGAUGAGAUGAUCAAAUUGCAAAUAGAGUUCAAUGCUGAAUUGGUAAAGCUUCAGACCAAAAUGCCCAAGUCCUAUCCAAAACCCACUUCACUGCCUCAAAACAUUUACAGAAGGAAGCUUCAGCAUCUUCAAGAAGAGAAGAAUAAGGAAAUUGAAGUUCUCCGUAAUACCAUCCGAAACUUGGAACAGAGGCUUGGCAAAGGUGAAUGUUUCCAUUUCAAACGUUAACAGUUUUGA